CUCUAAUCGAAUGACAUGUGAACACUUGAUCUGUUCCAAAUUUGCUUUGAUUUAUUCAAAUUGCGAACAAAACCGACACCAAUCUCCAAGAUCCCUUUCAUGCUCAUUAGCAUGGGGUGCCACUCAGGUCGAUUUCAACUCGUUUGAGGCAAAUCCGCAGCGUGUACCAAGCAAUGAAUCAAAUCGAAUGUGCCGAUAGCGCCGACUUGAGUUCCUUCCCUUUCCACGAGUAUGCCACUACAGACAUGAUGGAGGACGAUGACCUGGAUCGUGGUGUAGAGCCUCAACCGCACGGCGGAGCGUCCGAAGGGAUCGUACCUGAAAAUUCAUCAGCGCCCCAACCAACUUGGAACGACAACAUGCUUCAGCAAGGAUGUGGCUUAUCACGGGAUGCAUUCCAAGGAUUCAGCAGCUUUGGAACAAGUACAGAUUUGCAGAGUCAAUUUCCAAGCAGCGAAGAGUUUGCGAUGGACGAGUUUUUUCGGCUCAAUGGGGCAUUCCGGCCAGUCGAGCCAUGUACACAUUGCUCUCGUCUGCGACUGCAAUGUUUCAGUCUAUACACCACUCCUGAUAAUCCGAAUCCCACAACGGCUUGUUCCAGUUGCGUUGCACUUUUUCAGCCCUGCAGUUUGGCAGGACCUUCAAAGAGACAAGCCUCUGCAUUUGAAACUCCGCAGCCUGUGGUCGGGAAUCUCCAUGGUGUAUACGAAGGAGACCCUACAGACUAUCAACACCCCAGUUUUGACCAAAUUCUCGAGAGAUUUGAAGUUAAUGAGGUGAAGCCAACCGGAAAACGGUCGAACUCACGCUCUGGACUCAAGACGCGUCCGUUGCGGCAAUGGAUGGCCAAUCAUCCAGACCAUCCAUAUCCUUCCGAUCAAGAGAAAGAAAUAUUUGUGCAGACUACUGGUCUAAGCUUGACACAAAUACUCAACUGGUUCAGCAAUGCUCGUCGACGUCAGCGCCAUGCUGCUGGGCUAGGACGGCCGAGGAGCAAAAAGGCCAUUCGCGAAGGAUCACCUGCUCCUCGCGACAGCUUGUCAACGUCGCCGUUGUCAAGAUGGCGCAACAGUCCACCAGAGGAAGAGCCCGCGUCCAUGGUAGAUAUUGAGAAUGCAUUGAUGGAAAUGUCACAGGAUACUCUACUUUCAACCACACCGGACGAUCACUCAAUCGCAUCGGUGGGAGCGGCAGGUGCAGAAGCCACAUCUUCUACUGGUACAUUUUCGGUUCAUGACUCUUCCAGCGAGCUUUCGGUCUACCUGUCCCAAGACUCGAAUAGUUCGUAUACUGGCACCACUGAAGGGGUGCGGAGCUCUCGAUCUAGAAUUACUACCUUGUCCAGCAAAAGAGGUCGACGAGGGCGCCAUUCGUCGUACCUUCUGCAAUGCAGCUUCUGCGGCCGCAGUUUUACCAAAAAGUCCGAUUGGGUUCGACACGAAAGAUCCGUCCAUCUCCCAGGUCUGGACGCCUGGGUAUGCUCCGAUUUAUUACCUUUAGAUGCGCAACCCAUCGUUUGGUGCGUCGGCCAAAGCAAACCUCGCUGCUCGUUCUGUGGAGAAGAAGACCCUGGCGAGGAACAUCUCCAGUCUCACGAGUUCUCCGCCUGUGCAGAACGUAGCAUCGCAGAUCGAACCUUUUACAGGAAAGAUCACUUGUGGCAACAUCUCGUAAAGUUCCAUGGGUGCGUGAAGUGGGAGCAUUGGGCAUUGGACUCAAGCGUGGACAAACUUCGGCAAAGCUGCGAUGCUGUGGAUAGUACUUGUGGGUUUUGUUUUCAGCAUUUAAACAGUUGGAAGGAGCGAGCCUCACACCUCGUAUCACAUUUCAAAGCUGGCGCAACGAUAGCAGAUUGGAUUGGCGGUCAUGGCAUCCAUGAACCGUGGGGCGCUCUGGUACAAUCCAUCUGACGAACACACAAAACCUGUAAGAAAAAGAUUCAAGGCUCGGCGACUUAUGGUGACUCUGUGCCGAGAAUCUAGUCAUGCAUAGUGUGCGAGAGAAAAUCAGUGGUCGUUUUGUUUUCCAUUGAUAUUUUGAUCCUAAUGCCGAGGCUAUUUGACAAAUC